AUGUCACCUGAUGAUGGCCCUCUCCUGGCCCACUUCACGGAGGCAGAACCGCGCAGCUACCCGCACCUGGAGGGCGACGUGCGCUGGCGGCGCCUCUUCUCCUCCACCCACUUCUUCCUGCGCGUGGACCCCAGCGGCCGGGUGCAGGGGACCCGCUGGCGAGACGGCCGAGACAGUGUGGUUGAGAUCCGCUCGGUCCGUGUGGGCGCUGUGGCCAUCAAGGCCGUGCACUCGGGCUUCUACGUGGCCAUGAACCGCCGGGGCCUCCUCUAUGGGUCGGUGAGUAGCAGGCGGUUCCUGGCUCUGGACGGACGCGGGGUUCCCCGGCGAGGCAGCCGGACGCGGCAGCACCAGCUCUCCACCCACUUCCUCCCCGUGCUGGUCUCCUGAGGAUCACGCUGGCUGGGGUCCGCCGGACAGCGAGUAGGAGCACAGCUGUCCUCCCGCUCAUCCCCACCUUGAGCUUCAGUAGGUCCCUACUGUGUGCCAGGCACUAGGGACACCAGGAGGUCUCCUGCCGCAAGGCCCGGCCUUGGGGAGCCCCAUCUAGGGGACAGAUGCCAGCCAUACCCAUGUAUCUGGGAGGAGCGACUGAAGGUCAAGGCCAGCUGUCAGGUCUGGGAAGGGCUCCGGUGGGAGCACCGAGGAGACAGCUUAGAGGCGGGGACACAACAGUGUCAGACAGCACUAGGGACAGGGUGUCCAGGAGGAGGAGGGUGGGCAGGCUGCUGAGGGCAGAGCACACAGGGCCCAGAACUGUGCGUGAGACAGUGAUGGAGGCAGCACCCGUGAGGUGAGCCAGUCCACAGCCUCAGGCCGGCCACCUUCCAAUGCCCAGAGCCUGAGGAUACGUCAUGUGGACAGAAACUGCAGAUGGAAUCAUAUGCCCGACCCUAAGAGGGCGCUAUCCUGACUAUCCGGGGCCCAGUGCCACCGAGGGUCCCCUGAGAAGGCACGGGAGGGUGAGAGGGAGAGAGGAAGGGACCACAAGCGAGGGCUGCGGGCCAAGAUGGCAACCUGGGAUCACUCCAGUCUUGGGAAGAGCAGCCCUGCCACCUGUGCCCAGAUUCAGCCCCGGGAGGCCCAUGUCAGAUGCUGCUCCCAGAACAGUCAGGUAAUAAACGUUACAAA